AUGGCCUCGCUGCGGACAGCAUCCACCUCGGCCUUGCGACACAUCGUCUCAUCGACCUCCUCCUCCUCCUCCUCCUCGCAGCUGACAUGCUGUUCUGCAGCAACAGCAGCAGCAACAGCAGCAGCAGCAGCAGCCGCGCCGUCGACGGUCUCGAUCCGACGUCGCAACCUGCACCAGCGCGUUCCCCUGCCGUACCAGCUCGAACACGGCCUCGAACCGUUCCUCUCCCCGACCGCACUCAGGACGAUCGCCGUCGACUGGCAGCAGGGCGUGCUGACCCAUCUGAAUGAGCUCGUGCGAGGUCAGUCGGCCCCUUCCACAAAUCGAGCGAGUCGUCCUGUCGAUUCCCAGCCGGCUGAGCGCGCAUCGUCUCCCUCUCAUUUCCCCUCUUGCCUCUCCUUCCGCAUCCAUCCUGACCCGCCACAGGCACAACCGUAGAGAAUCAGACCGUACUGCAAACCGUCAAGCAAACAGCCGCCAACCCAGAACAGGUCCUCGCCUUCAACUAUGCCUCCGAGGCGCUCAACAACAGCUUUUUCCUCUCCACCUUGGUCAGUUCCUCAAUGCCCCCCCCCCCAAGCUUCCUCGUUACUUCCCCACCGUCACUGACUGUCUCGUCUCCUUCCCGGCCCCUUCUAGACUCCGAAACCGACACCGCCUUCCCCUUCUUCCUCCUUUUCUCUCUCGCUCGCAUCGACCCCGCUGCGCGACAUGGCCGGCCUCAUCUCCCACUUCUCGGCCCACGUCGCCGGUCUGCACCCUUCGUCCGGCUCCUACGUCUGGCUCGUCACCGACGCCUCGGGCAACCUCGGCGUCGUCGGCACCUACGCCGGAGGAACGCCCUUGGUCCACCAGCGAUCCCAAGUCGGCCGGAUCGAAGGACCGCGAGUGCUCGGUGAAGCUUUACCCGCACCCAAAACCGACGGAUCGUCAUCCUCUGCGACUUCAUCGACGUCUUCCGAACCCCAAUCGGCAUGGGGUACGGUCCCACCUUCGAACAAGACGCGUUCGAAUCCGAACGCGACCUCGAACUUGUUGAGCGCGGGCGCGUACACGGCCUCGAUCAGCCAGGGUCAACUCGGCAAGACGAUCCACCCCUUGUGCUGCAUCUCGACCCACGAGCAUUGCUACCUCCACGAUUACGGCGUGUGGGGGAGAGAGGAGUACGUCAAGAACUGGUGGGGUCAGGUCGAUUGGAGGAAGGUCGAGGAGAGCUAUCAGGGCUUCAAGGCCGAGAAGAACGAGAGGUAG